UAUAUGCCUCCAAUUCCAAUAUAAAAACAACAGUUCAAAACACUAGUGAGCAAUUCACACUAGUGAAUAUCUUUUGCUCCAAGAUGAAGAAAGCACAACUGGUGUUUAUCCCUUUUCCUGGUUUGAGCCAUUUAGUUUCCACUCUUGAGUUAGCGAAACUUCUAAUUAACCGUGAUAACCGUCUACGGAUAACCGUUUUACUCAUGAAUUUCUCACGCUCAAAAGAAACCGAUCUUUACAUUAAAUCACUUCCAAUCUCAGAUUCUCUCAACUUCAUUAAGCUUCCGGAAUGUUUUGUUCCCCCGAACACUAAUCCAAGAGCCGUCUUUGACGCUCUACUUGAAGCUCAGAAACCAAAUGUCAGACAAGUUGUAUCUGAUCUCAUUAAUGUAGAAAGACAAGGACCCCUUGCCUCCUUCGUUAUUGACAUGUUUUGCACCCCCAUGAUUGAUAUUGCCAAAGAGUUCUCUGUCCCUACACUCGUCUUCUUAACUUCCGGUGUUGCAUGUCUUGGUGUGAAUUUUCAUAUUCACACUCUCCGUGAACGAGACAAUGUUGAUCCAACUCAGUUGCUGCAGCAGACAGAGUUUGCUAUCCCGACUUUUGCAAACUUGGUUCCUUCAUACUCGUUGCCUAGUUCCGUGAUAAGCAAGGAAUGGGAAUCGUUGUUCAUGAACUUUGUCAGAGGCCUCAAGAAUGCUGAUGGCUUAAUAAUAAAUUCAUUUGAAGAGCUAGAAUCCCAUGCAGUUCACUCCUUUUCCUCUCAUCCUGAACUAGCUGGUUUGCCCAUUAUAUAUCCGGUAGGACCCAUAUUAACUCCUGAGCCCAAAAGCAAAAGUGUCGUUGAACCCGAUGAUAUCAUCAAGUGGCUUGAUGACCAACCACCUUCUUCGGUAGUUUUCUUUUGCUUUGGGACAAGUGGUUCUUUUGAUGAGGAUCAGGUUAAGGAGAUUGCACAUGCUAUUGAGAAUAGUGGGGCUCGCUUCGUGUGGUCUUUGCGCAAACCCCAAUCGAAAGGAGUUGCGCCCUCUGAUUACUCUCUUUCUGAUUUGAGUUUGGUUUUACCGGAAGGGUUCUUAGAUCGAACGAGAGGGAUUGGAAGGGUCAUUGGAUGGGCUCCACAGACCCAAAUACUAGCACACCCAGCGACAGGUGGAUUUGUUUCGCACUGUGGCUGGAAUUCAACACUCGAGAGCAUAUAUUUUGGUGUUCCUAUUGCCACAUGGCCGAUCUAUGCUGAACAACAAACUAAUGCUUUUGAAUUGGUCGUUGAGCUGAAGUUGGCGGUUGAGAUUGCGUUAGAUUAUAAAGUGGAGUUUAAAGGAGGACCUAACUAUCUUUUAACUGCCGACAAGAUUGAGGGAGGAAUAAGGAAUGUGUUGGAUAAGGAUGGAGAAGUCAGAAAGAAAGUGAAAAAGAUGAGUGAAAAGAGUAGAACGACUUUGUUAGAGGGCGGAUCUUCUUACACUUAUUUAGGUCGUUUGAUUGAUUAUAUUAUGAAUCAGAUAUGAAAUUAAGUAAUCUCAUUACCCACUUACUUCCUAAGUUUUAAUUAAGUUGUUGAAUGAUUAUAAUUAUAACAUUUAAGUAUUAUUUACUUUGAA